CUUCGCCCUUUUUGCGAACACCUUAAUUGUUUGUAGACCAAUUAAAGAACCUGAAGAAGCAGGAAGUAAUUCUGCUACGACCUGUGCAGUUUGACAAGAAUCCGUACGUCCACCCCGUACGUUCGUCCACUUUUUUUUCUGAGCCAAUCCUGCCUACACCAAUGUCCUCCAAUUCAAAUGUUAUGCUUACACAUUUGCAGGCUGCAUGUGUAUUUUAUGGAGAAGACAUAAGCCCAGAGAAUGAGUUACGUAAUGAGGCAGAAAUUGAUGCGUUAGACAAUCUUGAACUCUGUUAUAGCAACAAUCCUCCUAUAGAACCGUUUCUUUUGUCUGCUGGACGAAUUAAAUAUUUUCCUUUUCGUUGUUGUAAAUAUCGUCGUUCCGCAGAAGGUUCCAUAUCAUCCGCAGCCAACCAAGAGAAAGACGUAAUAGAGAUUGAUAAUGAUAGUAAUAGUAAUCAAGUAAUUCAUAACGAGUCUCGAUUGAAAGAAUUCGUUGACAAUGUCUUCUUGACCAUGGAUCCUCUUAAUGAAAAAGUGUAUGAAUGCAUCGAGUUGUCCACAGAGCAAAUAUUUCAGCUAACGAAGCAAUACACCACCUUAUUCCAAGAUAAACAACUUAUAAAGCUUUACUGCUUUUGCCAAGAAAACCAAAGCUCGGUUUUUGAAAGCAAGGAUUUCAAGAAAACGAACCAGUGAACGACAAUAUUAACUUUAGCUCGCAUAAAACUUUAUUAUACUAUGUUUUGGUCAUAUAAUCUGGCAGAAGUAUACGGUUAAAAGUUGAGAAGAUAGGGU